CAUUUGGCAAAAAAAAAAAAAACUUCUGUCAUACACUCUUUGAUCCCAUCACACACACCAAAUCCACGCCGACCAUUUUCAAGACCCAAUGGACAACAACAACAACCAGCAAUCAUCUCCCUCCCCCACCGGAAUCACCCCUCCCUUAUCCGCAGUCGGAGGAGCUUCUUACCACCACCUUCUCCAGCAACAGCAACAACAGCUCCAAAUGUUCUGGUCCUACCAACGCCAAGAGAUCGAGCAAGUAAACGAUUUCAAGAACCAUCAGCUCCCUCUCGCUCGCAUCAAAAAGAUCAUGAAAGCCGACGAGGACGUUCGUAUGAUCUCCGCCGAAGCACCCAUCCUCUUCGCCAAAGCCUGCGAGCUCUUCAUCCUCGAGCUCACAAUCCGAUCCUGGCUUCACGCCGAGGAAAACAAACGCCGUACGCUUCAGAAGAACGACAUCGCCGCCGCCAUUACGAGGACGGAUAUCUUCGACUUCCUCGUCGACAUCGUUCCUAGAGACGAGAUCAAGGAAGAGCCGGGGAUCGGUGGGAUGAUGCCUCCCGCCGUGAGCGGCUUGCCGUACUAUUAUCCGCCGAUGGGUGGUCCUGGAGGGAUGACGAUUGGGAGACCGGCUAUGGAUCCGAGUGGCGUCUAUGUCCAGCCUCCGUCUCAAGCGUGGCAGAGCGUUUGGCAGACGUCGACGACGACCGGCGAUGAUGUUUCUUACGGCAGUGGAGGAAGCAGCGGUCAAGGGAAUCUCGAUGGCCAAGUUUGAGCACAGAGUUACUACUCCAGAUGAAUGCAUGUUUACUAGACAGCAGAUAUUAGUCGACUCUGCCUUGGACGUUGGAUAUGUCUGAUCGAUUACGGCUGAGUUCAGUUUAAAAGGAGAUAUUGUCUCUCUGUUAACUUAUAAUGUUAUAAUUGCGACUAUGCCUUUACUAUAUAUAUAUACAUCUAGUGUGCAGUUUCUAAUUUUUGCUUCUCUCGAUUUUGCUAUAUUUUACUUGUCCUUGUUUCACAUUUUCAGAGAUUUGAAUGCUUGUAAACCUCAAGCAAAACCAAACUGUGUAAAUGUGGAUCUGUAUAUAAUAAUCUCGUGCACAGA